CGAAACAAUUAAUUCGUAGCAUCAAAUGUGACUCAGGCUCACACCAGCUUCAUAUAGCAUACAAGAACCUCGAAUUUUCACACUUCCUACUACCCGGACGCAACGCAUGAAAACUAAACAGCACUACUUCCCACGUUGAGCAUGGCAUCCUCAACAACGAGCCCCCCGUCGGGGGAUCUCGCCUCCCGCAUUCUUCAGUCCCUCGACCAGACCUCGCCGCUCCUCUCGUCUGAAGCCUUUCCGGAUGCGAGCUUCGUCGAAGUAAAGGCUGCUCUAGACCGAUUGGCCUCUCGUGAUAUGGUGACCUACGAUACGAUAGAACGAGAAGAAGCUAUAUUAGAGCCUGAGGGCGAGCAGAUUGCUGCCAAUGGCAGUCACGAAGCCCGCGUAUUCGAUGCCUUGCGCUCUGCCAUCGACGGCCUAACCGUGCAGGACCUAGAGAAGGUCAUCGGUGACAAGAGUGUUGUUAAGAUUGGCCAGGGCAAGGCGUUCAAGGAGAAGUGGAUAUCGAAGACGAAGGAUGGCAAGUUCAAGGCCGUGCAAGAAUCCAUACAAGAUGUUACCAAGGAGCAAAUGUUAACCAUUAAGGCGACACGAACAUAUCCUGACGCUAAACUACUUGCCGAUUUGAAGAAGCGAAAACUUAUCAAGAUGCAAAAGAUUAUCAGCUUCAAAAUUCAUAAGGGUACCAAGUUCGCUCUCAAGAUCCCUGAAGAGGCAACAGACUUAACUGCCGACAUGAUAAGUACGGGGUCGUGGAAGACUGCUACAUUCAAGCCAUACAACUUCAAGGCUUCAGGAGCAGACCAACGGUCGGGUGCAUUGCAUCCACUCAGCAAAGUUCGCGCCGAGUUCAGGCAGAUUUUCUUUGAGAUGGGGUUCGAGGAGAUGCCCACCGAUAAGUUUGUCGAGUCUGGUUUCUGGAACUUCGACGCCCUUUAUGUGCCACAGCAACACCCAGCCCGUGACUUACAAGACACCUUCUAUAUUUCCGACCCUGCCGCAGCUGAUAAGCCUCGAGAAACAUCGCCUGAUGACAAGAAAGACUACAACGCUUACUGGGAGAAUGUGAAGGCGGUUCACCAAGAUGGCAAAUAUGGUUCAAUCGGCUACCGAUACCCCUGGUCGGGGGACGAGUCACUACGAUUGGUGCUACGUACUCACACGACAGCUAUCAGCGCAAAUAUGCUUCAUAAACUAGCAGCCAGAAAAGGCCCUGACGGUCGCCCACCUCCAGCACGCUAUUUCUCCAUCGAUAGAGUGUUCCGAAAUGAGAGUGUUGAUGCAACACAUCUUGCAGAGUUCCAUCAGGUCGAGGGUGUCAUCGCUGACGCAAACUUGACUCUUGGUGGCCUCAUGGAGUUCAUGGACAUCUUCUUUGGCAAGAUGGGUAUCACUGAUCUCAAGUAUAAGCCGGCCUACAACCCUUACACCGAACCUAGCAUGGAAAUUUUCUCUUAUCACAAGGGCCUAGGCAAGCUUAUUGAAAUAGGUAACAGCGGGAUGUUCCGGCCCGAAAUGCUCGAAGCUAUGGGAUUCCCCCCGGAUACACGCGUUUACGGCUGGGGUCUGUCUUUGGAAAGGCCUACGAUGAUCAAAUAUGGAAUCUCAAAUAUUCGCGAGCUACUAGGCCACAAGGUAGAUUUGAAGUUUGUCCAAAGUAGUCCCGCCGUACGCUUGGAUAAAGAUUAGAAAAAAGGUUGUGGUUUUUUAUGUACUAAACUAGAAGAAGUGGUUAAGCAUAAAAUAAACUAAACUUAUUCUAUCAAUGUACUGGAGGCAACCCCGAAAGUUUUCAAAAACGUGGUCUGAGGCACGGACGUUGAUUUUAAGCCCUCAUGGCAAAAGUCAAAAGACGUGGUGGACACUCCUUAAUAAUAUUACUGAAAUAACCAAGUUUAAGUUUACUUGAUUUUUUUUCUCUAUAAAUACACGUUAUAUAUUUUUUACAU